AUGGGAAGAGCACCGUGUUGCUCUAAGGUUGGUUUGCGUACUGGUCCAUGGAGUCCGAAAGAAGACAAGAUGCUAACUAAUUAUAUUCGGGCAAAUGGUGAAGGCCAUUGGAGAAAUUUGCCUAAAAAAGCCGGGCUACUUCGAUGUGGGAAGAGUUGCAGGCUGAGAUGGAUGAAUUAUCUGCGACCAGAUAUUAGACGAGGGAACAAUUCAUAUGAUGAGGAGGACCUUAUCAUCAGGCUUCAUUCUCUUCUUGACAAUCGUUGGUCUCUCAUUGCUAAAAGACUACCAGGUCGUACUGACAAUGAGAUUAAAAACUACUGGUGUUCCAAUAUUAGCAAGAAAGUGGAAACAAGUAGUAGAGUAACUCAACCAAAAGCAUCAAGAGUGGGAAAGAAGAAGAGCAAGUUCACCAAUGUAAAGAAACUUGAGAAGAAGAGCACGGACAAUUCAAAAGCAGAGACUACAAACACCAAAAUAUAUCUCCCCAAGGCCGUUAAGGUUUCCCCAUUCUCAGUGACAGUCAGAAACAUCGGUUAGGAUAACAAGGCAAGUGGGCUAUCAUCAUCGGGCCAUG